AUGGCGGCCAAACGCAAAGUUGCAGACUCGAGGGAUGCUCCUCUGAGCAAAAAGACUCGCAUUGCAACCGGAAGCAGUGAGUCCACCAACGUUUCCGACUUCGAAGACGACUCUAGCGCGGGCUUCGAUGCUUCCGCAGACCGCAAGGUCAACUACACAGAGAAUGGCAAGAAACGAGCGGAUAGCGAGGCGAAGAGGUCAUGGAACUAUGUCUGUGAUUUCGAAGGCUGUGGCCAACGCUUCAACCGGCCCUGCCGUCUCGAAUCCCACAUGCGCACCCAUACGAAAGAGCGCCCGUUUGCCUGCCCCCACGAAGGCUGCGAUCGUGAUUUCCCUCGCAAGGACCAUCUCCAGAGACACUUGACCCACUUCCACGCUGUGCCCGAACGCAAAUUCGCAUGUGACUGGGAAGGAUGCGGCAAAACCUUCACGUCCAAUGGCCGGCUGCAGCGACACAAGGAGGUGCACGACUCCAAGUUCUAUUGCACAGGCUAUGCACCCUGCAAGGAGAUUUUUCGAAAGCAAAAGACUCUCGACGCGCACAUCAAGACGGUGCACCUGGAGACGAAGGCAUAUCCAUGCACUGUAGUGGACGACUCAGGAAUCUUAUGCCCGCAUGGCUAUCAAACUGAGAACGGACUCCGGCGACACAUGGCUAGCGCUCACACCAAAAUGGAGGAGCCUAGUCAUUUCUGCAUGCUCUGUCCCACGCCCGGCACUGAUUGCGAAACGAUCACGUCUGCCACAGGCGAGACGGCAUCUGUCCCAACAGAGCCAUUGUCCUUCUCCACUGAAGUUGAAUUGCAAGCCCACAACAGGGAAGUUCACCCACCGACCUGCCCCACUUGCGGUCAGGUAUUCAGUAACCAGUCGAACGUGAACAGCCACAUGAAAGCAGUGCACACGAGCCAAGGAGAGCAGCAGCUAUUCCAGUGCCCAUAUCAAGAGUGUGGCAAGAUGUUCAACCGGAGAGGCAAUUUGAACGCACAUGUCUCCCAAGUUCACGAGAACCAAUAUCGCUUCGCCUGCACCGCAGAGGCUAUGCAGCAGUCUAAGCACCCCGAUCUGAGUGGCUGGAAUGGCGAGAAUGCAUGCGGUAAGCUGUCGAAGACCAAAGCCGCACUGGAGCAGCACAUCCGGACGCACCACCUGGGUCUUCCCAACCGCAAGGCCACCCGAAAGGCUGCAAAGGGACGAAAACGCUUUAUCCCCGAGCCUUCCACGCUCACCCUGCUCACUGGCGUGGGAUACGACGAUGGCCGGCCCAUUACCUGCCUAGUCAACGGCUGCCCCAGUCGAUUCGCACGCGAUCGCGACCUGAAGCGACACGUAGUGGCUGAGCACAGCUACACGGACGCUGAGUGCGAAGCUGCCAUCCUGGAACGCGGAGCCGCGCGCGGCGAACAAUUCUGGAUCGGUGGUCUCGACGACUUCGACCCCGUCUCCAUGAGCGGAUCUACCGAGCCUAGUGUGCCGCAGACGCCGAUGCCAUACUUCGGUAACCCGGCCAUGGAUACGGAUAUGCAAGGUGGAUAUGGCAAUGUCACUGAGGGCGAUGGCACCAAAGACCCAAUAUUGGAGUUUUUGGCGUCCGUUCAACCCUACAAUGACCAAAUGCAGGGCUGA